UAGAGGCCCCGCCGCACACACUCAGAGCAGUGGAGAGGAAGAAGGGGCUCAGGCUGACGGGGGGGUGACCAGGGAGCACGUCGCUGCUGGUGUUCGGUGGUUGUGACUGAACUGAGGAGCUUAAAGAACCAUGAAGAACGAGGGGAUCGAGGGCACGGAGCGGUUCUUGAGCCCGGACAAAGGCAGAGGCCUGCGGGCGCUGAGGCACUUCGCGGUGGGGGAGCUGGUGUUCGCCUGCCCCUCGUUCUGCUCCGUGUUGACAGUGAAUGAGAGGGGGGUGCACUGCGAGCACUGCUUCACCAGGAGAGAAGACCUUUUUAAGUGUGGCAAAUGUAAGCAGGCCUUCUACUGCAAUGUGGACUGUCAGAGAAGUGAUUGGUCCAUGCAUAAGCUGGAGUGUUUAGCCAUGUGUGCCUAUGGGGAGAACUGGUGUCCGUCAGAGACUGUCAGACUGGUGGCCAGAAUUAUCAUGAAACAGAGAGUCACAACAGAGCGCUCCCCUUCAGAGAGGCUGCUGCUGCUCGGAGAGUUUGAAGCCCAUUUAGAUAAGAUGGACAGUGAGAAGGAAGAGAUGAACCAGACGGACAUAGCAGCACUGCAUCACUUUUACUCCAAACACAUCAGCAAUCUUCCAGAUGAGCAGGCUCUCACUGAGCUCUUUGCACAGGUUAAUUGCAAUGGCUUUACUAUAGAGGAUGAGGAACUCUCCCACCUGGGAUCAGCAGUUUUUCCUGAUGUAGCACUGAUGAAUCACAGCUGUAGCCCUAGUGUCAUAGUUACCUAUAAAGGAACAGUGGCUGAGGUCAGAGCUGUUCAAGAGAUAAACCCUGGAGAUGAGAUCUUUAACAGUUACAUAGACCUGCUCUAUCCAACAGAGGACAGGAAAGAGAGGUUGUUGGAUUCCUACUUCUUCACAUGCCAGUGUACUGAGUGCACCAGCAAGUCUAAGGACAAAGCAAAAAUGGAGAUCAGGAAGCUGAGUUCUCCGGCUGAGCCAGAGGACAUCCAGUCCAUGGUCCAUUAUGCCAAGAAUGUCAUAGAGGAGUUCAGAAGAGCCAAACACUACAAGACCCCCAGCGAGCUGCUGGAGAUGUGUGAGCUCAGCCAGGAGAAAAUGGGAGCUAUGUUCGCAGACACCAACGUCUACAUGCUGCACAUGAUGUAUCAAGCCAUGGGCGUCUGUCUCUACAUGCAGGACUGGGACGGAGCCAUGAGCUAUGGAGAAAAGAUCAUUCAACCAUACAGUGUGCACUACCCAGCUUACUCUCUGAAUGUGGCGUCUAUGUAUCUGAAACUGGGACGUCUGUAUUUGGGGCUGGAAAAGAAGACACAGGGAGUGAAAGCUCUAAAGAAGGCAUUGGCCAUCAUGGAGGUGGCUCAUGGGAAAGAUCACCAUUAUGUAGCGGAGGUUAAAAGAGAAAUUGAGGAGCAGAAGUGAGGGAGGUGCAGCUGAAGGAGCAAAGAGAUUAAAGGCAGAGGCACUGGAAUGAGGAACCUCUUUAAAAGCAACAACAGAAAUACACAUCACAUCUGCAUGGCAUGCAUCUUAUACCAGUCUGUUUUUAAAACUCUUGUUGCCCACCUUCCUCUCUUCAGACAGUUUCUUAUUACUCUACCAUCAACAUAUUCAUGUGGAGGAUGAGCACAUUUUGUAUCUGCAGCAGCCUGUCAGACCUCGACUUCAAAGCAAACAAAUAAGGAUUCAAUAUUUUGGAAUGGAAAAAAAUCCUAAAACUUAACGUUUGACCUUUGAAGGUUAUUUGAAAAUAAUGGUUUGUGUGCUGAUGCUCAAAACACAGAUUUAACACUAAUACUGCUAUUCAGAAAAGAAUCAGCUGAGAAAAGAAGCUCGAGCUGCUGCAUUUAAAGCUGCAGCAAAAGCUUUCAUGAGACACCAAAGUAAGGUCAAGGGAAUUUGUGCCCAGUGUUUCUGUCUUUGGGGUCUGAGGUCCUUCACUGUGAUCUGUGGACCCAUCAACACAUGUGGCAGCAGUUCUGGCUGCACAGCUUUGUUCCAGAGCAGCUGCUCAUGUACAAUUUUGUUUGGAAAAAAAUCAUUACAAAGUGAAUUUACAUCAGUCAAAGAGGGUUUUACUACUGCACUUCAAUUCUAUCAAAUAUUCAGCAGCAGAGUUUCUUGCCUCAUUGAUUAUUGCUUAAACUGAAAAAAAUGACUGAUGGUGCAUAGAGUACUCAGUAGCAAUGGAGACGAGAAUACAAAGAACUAUUCUUUAAUGGAUAACCAAGGGUUUGACCUGUCUUACAGUAUGUUCUUAUGUGUUUAAGAACCAGGAGAAGUGUUCUAUUGUUUAAGUUUCUUUAUAUUUGUUGUGUUUUGUUUAUUUCAUAUCAGGCUUGAUGACCAAAACGGCAACAGAUUUAACUGACAAGGAACCAGCUAUAAAUUCUCUGUUCACAGUGUAUCCUUAAGGGGUGCUGAUCUGAAAUCAGUCACAGUGAAGACAUAGAUCCUGGAUCAGAGCCCCUUUGCUCUCAGGAAAAAGGUGCAACACUGUAGCUUAAGUUGCCUUUUGUCAAGAAAUGCACCAUCAAAGCUUUAUAGUGUUUUCUCUUCAACAGCAUGAGUCCACAUUGUCCUUAUCCUGGGAAUCAAAUCAUCUUAGCAGCAGUGGGCAGAGUAUUUAUGUGGAUCAAAGACAUUGUACCUUUUACAAUUUAUUAAAGUAAAAUAUGUGGAGAUUAUGAUCACCCUCAUUUACACUUUCAGCUUUAUAAUCAGUAUGAAUACUUUUUAAACAGGAGGAAUGCAUCAUCCUUUAAUUUCUACUUUAAGAGAGGUGAUUUUGCACUCACACAAUAACCUGGGAUGAUUCAAAUAAUCAUCUGUGAAACCCUAAGAUGGUGACUUUUUAAGGCAGCAUUACCUUCAGCAGAAAUGAGUCAGGUACCCCUGAGUCUGUGUUACUUGUUAGUAGGCUGUGGUCAACAAACCAUGCUGACAGUGUUGCCUGUGUAUUAUGGUUUUAAUCAACUCUGACCAGGACAUCAUAAGUAGGAGGUGGAACAGUUACAGGUCAUGACACUGUAUUUUUCUCUACUGUAAAUUUGACUAAAGCAGCGUAUUGAAAUUUCAAGUUAAAAGCAGCUGUACUUGCUGUCUAAUGUCAAUGGUUUAGACUUAAAGACGAUUCAUGCAAUGUGUGAAGGAGACUUUACAAAUAUGAAACAUAAGGCAAUGCAAAAAUCAUCACCUGGGCCUUAUGUAAAGAUUCUUGCACUCACAAAUGCACGACUUUGUGAAAAAGAAAAGAUGUCAAAAUGGCAAACGUGUAAGCACAUUUUCUUCAAGUUAUUAGUUUGUGUCAGUAGACAGUUGGAUUAGACCCUUGAACCUGCAGUCUUCACACCAUGCACUGCAGAGGAACUAAUGUCAGAUCUGAUUUUAUAUUUUGCUUUAAAACCUGUAGCUCCCCCUUGUGUAUACUAUGGAUGCAGUUGUAUGCACCACAUGAAUGUGGGUUACUGAGGAGUACAUGACUACAGACAACUCAUUCUCCUGAGUUGUCUUUAGUCAUAUUUGUAGCAGCUCCAGCACAGGUGACCAUCUCUGUCAUCUGUAAUAAUGCAUCUGGACGGUGCCUGCCUUAAAGCAUAGGUCAUCCAAAAGCACCACUGCAACUCACUUGACCACAAAUUACAUGCAAAGUGCACAACCCAAAAACCAUAUAAACCAUUUUUUUCUCUAGGUACAUUUAUUUUCUGGUCAGACGCCAACAAAAUGCACAUGAUUGAUUUAAUUUUUCCUGAAAUGUCAUAAAAGAUAAAAGCUGUGGCACAAGGAUUUAGAGCAUUGAACUCCAUACUCACGCUGCAUGUAGAAAACCAGGUGAAGACUGAGAUCUCUGUAAUGAACCGUUAAUUUAUCAGGCAUGGAUUCUAUUCUAAUGGUAUGCAUAACUAAAGUCUGAGCCUCUUGAUUCUUUCUGUACCAUGUCAAUGGAACUCAAUAAAUAACAUUAUGGCA